AUGAACAGCACUAUCAAUUGCGCAGAGUUUGCCAACAGACGAGAUGAUCAAGUGUACUUCCAAAGCGUGCGAGAGGCUAGUGAAAACUGGAACGAAACUAUUGACCUCUGCGCGAAGGAAGUCUGCGGAGCCUUGUUCGGCGGGAGUGGAAAUGCCGAUAUAUCAGGCGUCGGAGUGUUGAUCGGCUACUUCGCACAGAAUGUUAUCGGGUUUGUCUUGACCGCCGUUAUCUUUACAUACUUCCUGGAAAAUCCGCCUAGUUCUCGGUCUAGAAGGUGGACGAAACACAUCACCUAUGUCAAGGGAGCUCUAGAAACGUACCAGAGCUGUUCGAUCUUUUUCAGUGCCUCGAUCCAACUCGUUACUGUGAUAUUUCAUGCGAGGAAGGACUUUGGCGGAGGAAUUAAGAACAUGACGAUCAUAAGUGGCCACGAGAUUGAGAUUGGCUGGAGCUUCCGCAGCAACUGGGUCACUGAUAACCAAGGGAAAUACACUGCGACCAUCACCUCUCCCACCGGCAUUCCAUCAGACCCCCCACUCGCCUCCCAUGGAGAAGACCAAGCAAAGGAACUUGCUGCUCACCUGGUCAAACUAGACCCCAAGAUCGACAGGAUAUACAGCAGUCCUUUCUACCGGUGUCUUCAGACCAUCACCCCGAUCUCUGACUUGCUCAACCUCCCAGUUCUGGCUGAAAAUGGCAUUGGGGAAUGGUAUGGAACAGCCCGCUUCGAUCAUCCUUCCCCCGCUUCACCUGAGCUCCUCCACAAGUUCUUCCCCCGUCUCCAGGUUUCAUACAACCCUACCAUCAUCCCAUCCAGCAAGGGGGAGACGCUCGUCGAGAUCCACAACCGCACCGCAUAUGCGCUCGCCAAGAUCAUCGCCUCGAUCGACAAGCAAUGGGCUGAAGAAAGUACAGGUCCCAAGUGCAUCCUCCUGUGCACCCACGCGGCCACCAACAUUGCCGCCGGUCGUGCCCUUACAGGUGACCAAAACCUCGACGUCAAGACGGGCACGUGCUCACUCGGAAUCUACCGCCGCCGCAAACCCCCAGUGACCCCACUGCUUCCGAACCCCUCCGACAACGACCCAAUCCCCGACACCAACUGGCGCAACGGCAACGGUGUUGGCGGCGGCUGGGACAUUCUCGUCAACGGAGACUGCUCCUUCCUCCGCGACGGCGAGGAGAGGAAUUGGUGGUUCUCCGGGGACGAGGCGUGGGACUUUGAUGUCAUCAGGACCCCGCCGGAUUUCGGGGGCCCGGGAACGGUACCCACGCCCGGGAGGAUGGAGGAUAAUAUCAAGGAAGUCGAGGCCAAGAUCUAA